AUGAGUUCCAGUAACGUUAAUCAUGAUGCCCUCGCUUCAGAUGUUGACACUCCUAGAAGGGACAACAGUCUUCCUGAUCCAUCUUCAGUCUCCGAUGGGGUGACACCCACAAGCUUAUUAAAGAUGAAAGAAAUAAUGGAAAAUCAGUGUUUUGAAAUGAAUGUUAAAGUCAGCAUGGGAAAACACAGAGAGUCAUGUGAAGCUGAGGCAGAUCUAUCUAAGUAUGAAAGUGAAAUAGAGCAAGCAAGACUCUCACACUUCAACAAAACACUGGUGUUGAACAGAAUGCAGAUUUGGAGCGCCGUUAUUGAAAAGAUGAUUCAGAAUGGGGCAGAUGCUGAGGAACUAAAGGAACUGACCAAUCAGAACUCUGAGAUUUGUGAAAAGACCAUCCAAAUUUUAAAGG